CCGACUGCGAUCUGUCAAAUCGGCCAAGGCUUUAUUAUUCCAGCGCCUUCAAAGAUCCGAAAAUAUUUAACCCCAUUAACGAUCAUUCAAGAUUUUUAGUCCAGCUUGAGGAGUCGUUAGUGUCGGAGCCCUUCUUUAAGGACUUCUGCAACCGGCAGCGAAACAAAGAAUGACGAACAGUUCAAAGAGGAAAGAAGAAAUUCAUGUCGUGAACGGGGGUCUAAAGCAGUCCACAUGGAGCAAAGCGUUCAACGGUAACGCUGUCUGGGAGGAGAAGGAUGAAUUUUUAGAUGUGAUUUACUGGAUCCGGCAAAUUAUUGCAGUUAUCCUUGGUGUGAUAUGGGGUGUUGCACCACUGAAGGGAUUCUUAGGCAUAGCCAUAUUUUGCAUCAUCAAUGCUGGCGUCCUGUAUGUUUACUUCAGCAGUUUUCAGCAGAUCGAUGAGGAAGAGUAUGGUGGCACAUGGGAGCUCACGAAAGAAGGCUUCAUGACAUCUUUUGCUCUCUUUCUGGUGGUGUGGAUUAUAUUUUACACAGCUCUACAUUAUGACUGAGAGGAAUUGAUCACAGAAUAAAUACGAACAUUUCUGUUUGAAAAAAAUGUCAAGACAAAGAGCGUAGAACUCCAUGGCGGGAAGGGUAUCAACACUCCUACACAGGACUUUUCAGUGUGCAGUGUAUUUUGGGAACUGUAGUUUGAAUGACAAGAUCCUGCGAGCCCAUCACAAUGACUAUGUUCAAAUUCAUUUUCUAUAGUUGGAGGGUCCCUCAUCAAGGCACCUUGCAUUACACUUAAAAAUGUUGUAUUUUCUUCCUUCCGUUAUUACAUCAUCCCUGACAAAACACUAUUGAAAUAUGGAGAGCGAUGUUUUCCUAAGACUUAAUGCAUUUCCAGGUAUGCUGAAGCAGUGACUUUAUGGAAAUGAGAAUGAAGAUGUUCUCUUAGUUUUGCUUUGAAUCGAGCCGUUUAUGCUGUUAUUAAGGGUUGUAUGAAAGGGGGCAUGUUAUAUUCUUAAGAUAAAAUGAGCAGUACGUGUGGUCAUCCUUUUUCUUCUCUCGACAUGAUCAAAAAAAUAUUAAGUCCCAACUGGUAGUGUUUCUGAGUGUGACGUAAGACCAACAUUUAGGGGGGCAAAUAAAUAGAAAUACUGUCUGCUCGAGUUGAAAUUGAGUUUCUUCAAAACUAAUACACCUUAAAAAAAAUCAAUUGCUUGCUGUGACAAAGUUUUUGUCUAAGCAUGAAAGUAAUGAUUUAUGGAUUACUAUUGGUUACCUGAGUCAUCCAUGUACCCUUAGCUCACAAGGUAGUUAUGUUUUGGUGAACUGGAUCAGUCAAAAUACUAGCCCUUUGACCUUCAUAUGUCUUUUUUUAUAUUUGUCAGAUGGAUCUAAAUUAAUUUAAUAUAAAGUCAAAACUGUUGCUCUUUAAUUUGUCUAUUGGUCUAGCUUGCAGUGAAUGUAAAAGUAUUAGAUAACCUUAACUCAUUUAACAUAAUUGGCCAAUAUCAGCUGCAAGUGCAGGUACAGUUAUCUGCCUGCACCAUCACUGCACUAACUUAUCAGUUGGGUCCUAAUCACUUGUCCAUGCAGAUUAUGCUGAAAUCCUUAGAGUAUGAAAACCUGCAUGAUUUGAGAUGCAAGACGUCCAAAGAGUUGGGCUAUAAUUGUUUUGUGCACUGCCAUGAUUUGCUUUUAGUAUAUCUUGAUAUCAUUUAUCACCAGUGACAUUAUAUCUAGAGGAUAGAAUUAAUUAAAAAAAAAAUUUCCUUACUGCAUAGUUUCCAGAUCAAAGUCUUACCCAAAUGU